GUUUUUACUCAUCUCUUGCCGCACUCUUUUAAACCACACACGGACACGCACUUAGAUGAACAUAAUAUGAUUAACUCAUGUCUUCAUCCGGAUUUGGCUGAUAUCGUGCACGGAAAAGUUUGCCGUUUAAUGGCACGCUAUAUAUUCCUCGUCGUUGAACGUUUUAAUCGUAGGAAUUAUGUAAUUUGAUUAUUCGACUCAUCGUAGAAAUACAUAUUUAAAAUAGUCUACGAAUUUAAUUGUUUUUUUUUUUGUUGCACAAGAUUGUAAGAUGCAUUUCUUAAGUUUUAUCAGGUAGGUUAUUUUAAACAUCAUGAGUGCCUUUAUCGUUUAUGAUUUUAUCAGAGAAAUCAUUCUUAUAUAUUCUUAUCGCCAGAGACAACAAAUAUUAUUCCUUCGUUCGUCAGUGAAACAGACCAUUCAUUUUCUUUCAAAGAUUCGACAUUAAAAGGAUGACAAGGCGCGGGAGUAUUUAUCGGUAAAGCUCACUGUGUGACAGUUGCGAUGCCAACUUAUCACAAUGCGGGUGGUGGAUACCCGAAUGUGUCAGCGCCAGCGCGGCAAGCGAAGCUCGAUGGCAAUCAAAAUCAUCACACGAUCCCUUCAAACGUAACGACCCACCCUCUCAUUCAAAACACCACCUCGCACAACGCUCCUCCAAAUCUGUCAGCGAGCAACAUUCCGUCCCAUCCAGUAUCACCGACGAUGACCACGCAUUCGAGCGUAACAUCCCCAAACUUGACGAGCCAUAUGAACACGGCGUCCUCACCGGUUCUCCUUACUUCGAACGUCACGAAUCCUGGAAAUACCACUGCUCUAUCGGCCAAUCCGAGGCAUGAAGUCAAAUUGAAUGCUAUGCCAUGGUUCCAUGGGAAGAUAUCUAGGGAAACUGCGGAAAGGUUGUUACGACCCAGAGAAGAUGGUCUGUUCCUAGUUCGAGAGUCGACGAAUUUCCCCGGAGACUAUACCCUCUGCGUGUGUUAUCAAGGACGUGUGCAACAUUAUAGAGUGAAAUACAAGAAUAAUCAGUUGACCAUCGACGACGAAGAAUUUUUCGAGAAUUUAGCGCUCUUAGUCGAACAUUAUGAGCAAGAUGCCGACGGUCUUUGCACUCAGUUGACGAAAUCCUUACCGAAACAAGGGAAACAAGACUUUUGCGUCGAUCCCAAGGCCUUCAUCGAAGCUGGCUGGGUUAUUCAGACUCACGAGUUAGAAUUAAGAGAGUGUAUCGGUAAAGGUGAAUUCGGUGACGUUUUACUCGGUGUUUAUAGGGGCGAAAGGGUGGCCGUGAAAAUGUUGAAAGACAAUAGCGAAGCGGCGCAAAGGUUUUUGGCCGAGGCGAGUUUAAUGACCUCGUUGAUUCACGACAAUCUCGUUAAAUUACUUGGUCUUGUAUUCAAUAAUCAACACAUGUACCUGGUUACGGAAUAUAUGAGCAAGGGAUCCCUAGUGGAUUACUUGAGAUCUAGAGGGCGAUUACACGUAUCCAAAAAAGAUCAAAUCAAUUUUGCCUACGACACGUGUGCCGGUAUGGCAUACUUGGAGUCGAGACACGUCGUCCAUCGCGAUUUAGCCGCGAGAAACGUCCUCGUUGCGGAAGACAAUUCCGCGAAAGUUUCGGACUUUGGCUUGGCACGAGACGAAAACUUCUCUCUCGAUGGUGGAAAGUUGCCCAUCAAAUGGACCGCCCCGGAGGCUUUAAAGCAGAACAAGUUUUCUAACAAAUCUGACAUGUGGAGUUUCGGAAUACUCCUUUGGGAAAUCUAUUCCUUCGGACGCGUGCCCUAUCCACGUAUCCCUCUAGCCGACGUUGUCAAGUGCGUGGAAAAAGGUUACAAAAUGGAACCACCAGAUGGAUGUCCGCCUGAAGUGUAUGACAUUAUGAGACAGGCCUGGGAUCUUCAACCAGAGAAGAGACCUACGUUCCAUGAUAUAAAAGUAACGCUUGGUCAACUAAAAGCAGAGUACACCAAAGGCGUGAAUUAAAAGAAGGCUUAUCUUAGGUCGACCUAGAAACGAUGUAGAAUUAACACAUAACAGAACUGAUUUGUCAAAUACGAUGCUUCUUUCAUUUUAAGGACAAAUAUAGUGGCUCUAAAAACUUCGAUUAGAGGGAUGAGGUAAUGAAGAAGGAGAAAAAAGAAAGGACGAAAAAGGAAGAAAGAAAAAAGAAAAGAAAAGAAGAACGAGCAAAUGCAAUUCUUAUUGUACAUUUUAUAUACAAUACUAUUUGCGUCGUCGUUUAUAUUUAUUGCUAAUUUAGUUGUCGAGAAUAUUGGGGAGGUUUUAAUUUUUAUAUGACAAUAUUUUGCACAAGCAUUACCUACGUCGUGCCUUUGUUCAAGUUGAUAUUCUGAAUGAAGAAACUCGACUUGUACAUUCUCGAAAUCCGUGUUGACUCGAGCCGAUGUCGGGUUUUUAAGAUACUUAAUCCGAAAUAAUUGCCUAUCACACUUAAUGGAUCCUCAAUGGACGUACCUUUUUACAGUCUGUUAUGACGAAAUGUGUGAACGAUACGUCGCCUGAUACGUUCACGGCGCCGUUACCGUUUUGAAAUACUUUAGAGACUUUUCCAUGGCAGAAAAUGUAAUUUCGACGUAUUACGCAGUUUCGCGUUGAAGUGAACUGAUUUUAAAAUAAUUCAUAUACUAGCUAACGUAUCAGUCGAUAUAACUUGUCCUUUUGGACAUGAAGUUACGUAACCUUACACUUUUUCACUCCCGUAGAACAGUUCAAAACAAAGAAUUCCUCUUGUUAAAGUUUCAAACGAUCUAUUUCAGCGAUCGUAGGGUUGCGAGUAUUCGCUAGCAGCUUAGAUUUUUUAAUCAAAGAUUUGUCGUAGAAAGUAUUAAUUUUUAAUUAAAUUAUUGCGACUAUAACGUAUAAAUAUUUAAGUUUGUUCACGAAAUAUUCAUCUCUCAUAUAUAUAUAUAUAUAUAUAUGUUUAUGCGCGCGUGUGUGUGUAUUUGUAAACACAUAUAUAAUAUAUACACACACGUACAUAUAUAUGUGUAUACAUAUGUCAGUGAUGUAAAUGUAUCUGUAAAUAUUUUUGUACAUAUUCGUCCAUAAAAAAGUAAUAUUUCGAGAACCGUUGAUAUUGGAUGAGAUAUUUAAUUGAGGAAAAUGUCCAUAAAUUUUUCUUUAAAAGAAAUAUAUCCGAUAACUAUGAACAAAUGAAUAUAAAAAUGCACCAUAUGUUACUUAUCUAAAAAAAGAAAACAAAAAAAAAAAGGAAAAAAAAACUUUGAAAAAGACAAAACAAAGAUCUUUAGGAAACGAAUGAAAGAGACAAGGCAGUGUGAGUAUUGCAUCAACGGAUCUUAUCCUUUUAGAGUAAUGAUCUAUGUGUUCUUCCGAUUAAUGACUAGCAUGGAUAAAUGAUCUCAAAAUUAUUCAUAUUUGGAAAUUCUUAGCGCGUAAAAUUUCACGUUUAACGAUAAAAUGGGUAGGUACCUUGGAAUAUACUUAGCAAGAAUUAUCAUUACGAUGCUACUAUUAAAUUCUUUCAUUUUUUUAUUUGCUUUCUUUUUUUUUUAUAUUCCAGAUCAUCUGUCUGGUGCAAUCUAGCGGACUAAUUUGAAAGAAUGAUUUUUUAUAUAAAAAAACAGAAAGAGAGAGAGAGAGAGAGAGAAAAGAAAAGAAACAAAAAAAAAAAGAAUUACAUAUUUAAAAGUAUGGAAUUAUUAUUAUUUAAAUAAAAUUUCAAUUCUUCGCUUCGAUUUGACAAACGUAUUUUGAAUAAACAAAGGGAAUAAAAAAGAAGGUUAAUCGUUAGUUGUAUAAGUAUCUAGUAUAUUUAUGCUAAGCACACGGUCCGUUUGUAACUUUCAUAUUGUAGUACGUACGUUUGUUGUUUCAGACGUUUAUUCAUAUAAACAUCUUACAUAUGCGUAUGUGAAUGUCUUGCAACGAACGUACGAUCGGUACCCAUAGCAAUAAUUCGACAUACACGGCUAUAUACAGCUUCUAUCUUCAAUUACAAGUUGCAGAGGCAAUUAGCACAUAAAAGCGCUACCCAAACGUCUAAACGAUGCAUUCUGACACGAUCAAUAUGGAAAUUAUCAUUCCUAUCUAUGCUUCGUCCUUAACUUUAUAAAGCUAACGCUUAAACAUACUUUCGUUAUUAUACAAUAAGCCUGUGUGUUCGAAAGAAAAUGGUAUGACACUUCUCUUCAUUUUUCUUUCUUUAUCUUUGUUUUUUUUUGUUUUGUUUUGUUUUGUUUUUUUUUUUCUUCAAUAGAUUUUUAGACUUCAAGUUAUACGAUACGUCAUUUUCAUCUAUCACGGUAUUAAAAUUUCAUUUACGACCAGUGUGUGUUUCAAAUCUGUUAAUUUUUUUUUAUUACCAAUUCAUUUUUUAGGUUGUAAGAAAUUUAAUAUAUAUAUAUACACACAUAUAUCUAUCUAUAUAGGUAUUAAAGUGAAAUUAUACUCUGAUGUUUAUUGAAUGCAACAAACGAUACGGAUUUUACGGUCAUACCGAAAAUUUAAUUCGAAAUUAGUGUUUGUCGAGUGUGCGUGUGUAUGUGUGCGAGCAAUUGAAAAAUUCUAUAUGUAUGUAUAUGUUGUCAUACAUACAUACGUACAUACAUACAUACAUACAUACAUAUAUACUUUUUCAUCCAUCCCGUUUCACUCAUUUUCUCCCCGCUAUAGUAUACAAAAAAAAAAAGGAAACAAAUCAAUUAUACGAUUAUUCGGCUGUUGGAUUUUGUUGUAGUAUCUUUAACUACGUCAAGUUUCUCAAAUUCUUAAUUAAACAGCUAUAGCGGUAAAACAAUUAUUUGACGAGAUAGUAAAAGUUAUUAAAUAAAGAAAAAGAAGUUACACUCUA